AUGGCGCCACACGGUCCGAACGGCGUCGAAAUGACCAACCUGCGAUCUCGCAGCCCAUCACAGGACGCCGACGAACCGCCCCAGAUGAGGCCUGUGGCACACGCCCCUCUACUCGGGACGUACGAUGUGUUCAGCCUCAUAGUAAACAAGAUGAUAGGGACCGGAAUAUACACCAACGUGUCCACCGUGCUGGUCCUCACGGGCGACAAGGGACUUACCAUGACGCUGUGGGCGAUCGGUUCCAUCUACACAUUGAUCAGCAUGUUGAUCUACUUGGAAUGCUCCACGGUCAUGCCGUACAACGGCGGAGAACUUGUAUAUCUCGAUGAAUUGACGUCCGGCCGAGGACGCUCAUGGAUCAGACGGGCCCUGGGAGACGGCCUGUAUGCAUACGUGCAGUAUGCGUUCUUGUUCGUCGCCUUCUUCAACUCCGCCACGAACUGCCUGCAGAUCGGGCGUCUGUUGCUGUUCGCGAGGAACCCACAAGAGGACCCCGACCGUGACUUCUUGCGGACGAUCGCGUUUCUGGUCCUCCUCCUCCUGUGCCUUUUGCAAUACUUCUCCCCGCAGUCGGGCCGCGUGCUCAACCAGGUCCUGGCCGCCGUCAAGAUCCUUUUGCUCGUGGUGGUGCUCUGCGCCGGCUGGCACGCGAUUCAAGUGGGGACGUACCGGGGCGCAGGUUUCCAAGAAUGUAGCCCGCCAGCGGGGUCCAUGUCGAAAAUCGAAGUGGCCAAAGCAUUUCUCCUGGUCAUCUUCUCCUACGAAGGCUGGGAGAAUGCGACGUUUGUCGCCGGGGAGAUUGACCCCCAGAGCCCGGUGACCCUGCGCAAAGGCUUCAUCUUCGCCGUCUCGGUCGUCAGCGUCUUGUACAUCGCUCUCGUCGCGACCUUUUUGAAAGCUAUCCCAUAUGUGCCUGUCGCCAUCAACUACGCACCGAUGCUGUUCGGGAACAAUGAGGCGUCAUACAAGGCGUGGUCGGUGUUCAUCGCCAUUUCGUCCUUGGGCAGUCUCAACUCGAUCAUCUACACAUUUUCGCGCAUCAAGCAAAGCAUCGGAUCAGGCAAUAUCCUCCCGUGGUCGGAUUUCUGGAAGAGCGACUCGCCCCCUGCGGGGCACGAGGAAGCUCUGGACCAGUAUCUCGCGCCCCGAGGUGGCCUUGUGCUCCACGGGAUCAUGACGACAGUCCUCAUUGGCGCAUCGGCGUCGAUCAAAACGGUCCUGGAGUCCGUCAGUAUGCCGGGGUUGUUCCAGACCUACGCUCACUGCAUCAUCCUGACCGUCAUGGGCUUUGUUGUCCUCCGACUGCCGUCGAGGACCAGGCACCUGGAGCAAGUUAACAGCAGGGAUCACAACAGCGAAACCGGGGUGGACGCGCAGGGAGAAGGCAAUGCGUGGGAAUGGGACCUGAAGCUGAGGAACUGGAGCGGCUGGUGGCGAUACAUCCCAGCAUUCUUCUGCGUGGCGUACGGGUUGGCGAACCUGUGGGUGGUCAUCCUCAGCGUCAUCCCUCCGUACCGCGACCAAGACGGGUUUCCCACCGGCGGGGAAUGGACCAACUCGACGGACGGCAGGACCCUGACGUGCGCGGACACGGGUUCCAAUGUGAGCCUGACGUUUCCCUACCCGGUCGCCCUCAACGAAGAGGACGCCCUGAAAGGCUGGGUCCUACCCGCCGCGACGUUCGGGGUCAUGCUCCUGGCCACAUUCUAUUACCUGGCGGUCUUCGGCUCCAGCCAAGAGCGGCGGUUCUGGCGAUGGUGCCUGACGCAGUAUGCCGGCGUGCGGCCCACCAUCAGCAAGGAGGAAGGGUACGAUUGGCGGUUAGAGCAAGUCCGACGGUUUGGGAGGCGGCGCGACAUUGCGUUCGACCGGCGGAGCGACAAUGCCCAGGUGGGCAUCCUGUACUGGCUCGGGGGAGGGUCGAGCCUGUUUGUGAACCACAGCGGGAGUCACCCGGUGGAACGCUGGCACGACUUCUGGCAUCGAACGGGGGAUGCGUGGCAGGAAUUUCGGAAGCGGGGGCUCCGUAGAGGCCACCGGUAG